AUGGAUGAUAAAUUCAAUGAUACAUAUAAUGAAUCAAAUAAUUUAAAAAAAAACAACCAAAUUAAUACGGAAAAUGAAAAUGAUAACGAAAGUAAAAAUAGUUAUGAAUUAAGUGAAAAAUUAGAUAAUAUUAGUAAUAAUAUCGAGGUAAAUAAAGAAUUACCAAAAAAAAACAAAAAUACAGAAAGUGGUGAUGAUGAAAAAGACAUAAUUAUGGAUUCACAAAGUGAUUAUAAAAGUUUAAUACCCCCUAGAAAAAAAAUAAAAAACAUGAAAAAAGAAGAUAAUAACAUGGAUGAAUCAAGUAAUGAAAUGAAGCGUUUUGAUUCAGACGCAGAAAAUGAUAAUAAAGAAUUUGAUAAAAAGAAAGAACUAUUUAAUAUUAAUAAAAAAAAUAAAGGAAACAUAAAUGAUAUAAAAAACUGUAAUAAUAGUAAAAUUAAAAAUUCGAAAAAACGAGGUAUAUGUAAAAAGGAAGAGAAAGUUUUGAAAAAAAAACGAUCAAUAAAAGACGAUAAAAAUGGUAACAUUAUUCGAGAUUCUAAAGGCGAAGGAAUGCGAGAAAUAGAUAUAAAUAAUGUUAUGAAGAAAAAAAAAAAAAAAAAAGAUAUAAAUAAAUCAAUCAAUGGCUUAAAUGUGAAAAAUAAUAAAAUUAAAAAAAGUAAUAAAGAAAGUAAUAAAUAUAAUAAAAAUGUCGAAAAUAUUAAAAUGACAUUUGAUGUUACUAAUCGUUUUACAGUUUUGGGUUGUGAUUGGGAUAAUAUUACAAGUGCUGAUAUUUUUUAUUUAUUUGAGUCAUAUUAUAACUUUGAAAAGGGUAAGAAGAAAACGAUCGAUUAUAGUAAAAGUAGAGCAGUUAAAAAAGUUACUAUUUACACAUCCAAAUAUGGAGAGAAAAAAUUGAAAUACGAACAAGAACAUGGACCCCUUAUCAAAUGUAAUGGUUUAAAUCAAAAAGGAAAAAAUGGAGAAGCUGUAUAUAGAACUCGAAAUUUUAUUGAUUGCAUCAAAGAUGACGAAGAAGAAGAUGUUCAAGACGAAAAUGAAGAAUUAGAAAGAGGUUCUGAAGAGGAGGAGGAGGAUUACAAAGAAAACAGUGAUGAUGAAGAUGAAGAAAAUAAUAGCAAUGAUGCUGAUAGUGACGAUACAUCACCAAUGAAAGAUAAAUUUCGCCACGUUUUUAAAAAAGGAAAAAAUAAUAAUGAAAUAAUAAGUACGGGAAUUACUGAAGAAGAAAAUGAACAAAUUCGAUUAUAUCAAAUUCAAAGGUCAAGAUAUUAUUUUGCCUUAGUGGAAUGUCACAAUAAAGAAAUAGUCGAAUAUUUAUAUGAAGAAUUAAAUGAUAUGGAUGCAGAUUUUUGUAUAAAUUAUUUGGAUCUUAGAAUAAUAGAUGAUAAUUGUUCACUUGAUGAUUAUAAAAUUAAAGAAUCAUGUGAUAAAAUUCCAGAAAAUUAUCAAUUCCAUUAUUCUGUUAGUACAGUUUUAAAACACACACAUGCAAAAUCAUCAUGGGAUGAAAAUCCCAAAAGAAAAAAGUUAUUAUCAACACGAUUCACUGAAGAAAAACUAAGAGAAUUAGAUUUAAAGGAAUAUUUAGCUAAUUCUAGUGAUAGUGAAUCUGAAAAUAAUUCAGUGUCUGCUAAUAAAAAUUCUAUAAAUAGUAAAGAAGAUUAUAGAAAACUCUUAUUAGGAGAUUUAUUAGCUGAUGACGGCACAAAAAAUAGUAAAACGGGUACAUCCAUAAAUAAUAAUAAUGAUUCUUUUGUAAAAGAAAGCGACGAAAUUGGAGAAUAUGAUGAAGACAAUGAUAGCAAUAUUGCUUUUGAUGACAAGGAUAAUAAUGAUUGGGCUUAUAUGAAUUCAGAUAAAGAUUCGAUAAGCGAUGAAGAUAUUAAAGACUCUUUUGUUAAUACAAAUAAUAAGUAUAAUGAUUCAAAUAAAUUUAAUAAAAAAAGUAAGGCGAAAGGAGAGUUUGAAUUACCUGAUAAUGAAAGUGAUAAAGAAAAUGAAGUUAUUCAAGUAUUUAAAAACAUGUUAAAGACUAAAGAAAAGAAAGAAGACAACAGAACUCCAUGGGAAAAAUAUUUAGAUAAAGUCAAAGAGAAGAAAAAAUUAAAGAAAAAAGCAUACUUAGAAUCAUUGAAACAAAAAGAUGAAGAAAUAAAAAAAAUUAUUACUAAGAAAACAAUUAAAAGGAAAAAGGAUGGCACAAUUAGAAACAACAAUGAUAAUGUUAUUGAAAAAAUUAAGAGCCACCAUGUACUUGAUGGAAGAUUUGCAGAUUUAAUUAAAAAUAAGGAUUUUAAUUUGGAUAUUACAAAUCCCAAUUAUAAAAAAACUAAAUUUAAUGAAGAAAUCCUUAAAAAAAAAAAAUUAUAA